AUGGAUCCUAGUCUUCAUCUUACUACAGCUAUGGGAACUCCUUUGUCUAAUCCUCGUUCUUAUAGGGAACUCAUUGGACGGCUACUUUAUCUCACCAUUACCAGACCUGAUAUUACAUUUGCCGUUCAUCAAUUGAGUCAGUUCAUUUCAGCACCUUUGGACAUUCAUCUUCAGGCAGCUCACAAGGUUUUACGGUACAUUAAGGCUAAUCCUGGCCAAGGACUUAUGUACUCUGUUGAUAGUGACUUGAGCUUGAAUGCCUUUUGUGAUGCUGAUUGGGGGAACUGUAAAGAUACUAGGCGGUCUAUUACUGGUUAUUGCAUAUAUCUUGGUAACUCGCUUAUCUCGUGGAGAUCAAAGAAGCAAGGAGUCACUAGUCGGAGUAGUACAGAAUCUGAGUACCGUAGUAUGGCUCAGGCGACAUGUGAACUCAUUUGGUUGCAGCAAUUGUUUAAGGAUCUUCGUCUUCCAGUUCCAGGACCAGCUAAACUCUAUUGUGACAACAAGUCGGCUCUGCAUAUUGCUAUGAACCCUGAUUUUCACGAAAGGACAAAACAUAUAGAGAUAGAUUGUCACACGGUUAGAGAUCGGAUUAAAGCAGGUACUCUCAAAGUCUUCCAUGUUCCUUCGGAGAAUCAACACGCUGACAUCCUCACCAAGCCACUUCAUCCAGGUCCUUUCUAUGGAUUGCUUUCUAAGAUGUUAUUAUCAAGCCUGUAUCUUCCAAACCAGACAUCUUUGAAGCUACAGAAUUGA